GGAUAGUUGCUAAGUCAGCAGUGACCUCACAAUCACUGUCCAGGCCUUCUAUCCCCCAGGCCAACAUCCAUCUUCUUCCAACUCUGCCCUUUAUCGUUACAUCCAGAGGACACAUCCUACCUCUGAGUCACCACACUAGCAGACCCAGGGAUCACGACAAAAAGAGUGCCAGUCUCUACUGUGGGCACAGCUAAGACAUCAGCAUGUCACAAGACUUAGGAGACCUCAAGGAUCUGAUGCCCACUGAAAGGAAGUCUGUCUGGAGGACAGCUGAGGAGAGGCGGAUGUCUGACCUCACCCGGGUGCUGGAGUGGCUGGAAAGGAGGCAGGGCAAGAAGAAGCGUGCCCUCCAGAAAAAGAUCGAAGAGAUGGGCCAUGCAGAAGAGAAGGCAGGGAAGAAAGGCCCAGGGGCUAAGAAGAAGGACAAAGAGGGCCGCAAGGUGACCUUCAACAAGGAUGCUCAGCAUAAUUUCUCUCCUGGCUCCAAGAAUCAAGAUCCAAAUGCCAUCAAGAAGCUCCCUGCCGGUUACCAGAAGGGGUACAUAACAGAUGUAAAGGGCAAGCGUCUGAACAUGAUGUCCACCGCCUUCAGCAGGGAUGGCCUUAAGAAGUCUGGCCUACCUGGAUCCAGAAGAGGAUCAGAGAACAGAGGAUCAGACUUAGACAUCAAGGAUGUCAUAGCCCUAGAAAACAACACUCGGGUAAGCCCAUACCGCAGACAAAGCUCUGUUGAUCCUGUACUGCAGGACGCUAUGUUUGGCACACGGAGGGUAGGUCUGCUGAGAGACUGGUCAAGCAAGGCUCCUGACGAUCGCAAGCUGAAGAGCCUCAUGGAGAAGGGCACAGAGCCCAAGAUAGAGUCAGCCAAGAUGCUGAAGCCGGAGGAGGUGCUGAGCUGCCGGUACCUGCGUUUGUCCAAGAACAACGUCAAGACCUUGAUCAAGCUGUGCAAGGAUGCAGGGAUGGAUGUGGAAAUCCACCCACACAUGAUAGAGGGCGAGAUAGACGCCAAGAAGAUAUUCGAUCAUCGUAACAGCACAGCACUGUAGUAGUGCUGACCCUUGGAGGCUCCUCCCAUGUGGCCUGAGCACCCACCCUGAGGAUUGGCUUCCCUAAACUGCAUGGGUUGAACAAGUCAAAUGCAUCACCACGA